CUCGCCUCGUCGUCGUGCCGCGACUGGGGUCGGAGCGCAUGCGGCGCGCGGUGGCUGCCCGCGACGGGGGCCGACGUGGGCCUGUCAGCGGCGGCGACGCCCCCCCCGACGCUUCCUCCGAAGCUCGGUGUGCCCUGAUGUGUUUGUCCUGCUGGCUGGACGCCAGGCCCGACCGCACUCGGACCCCAGCUGGGGGGCCUCCGGCAGCAGACCCCGACCCGCGCGCGCGAUGGCCUCCCCGUGGGGCGCCGCCCUGCUCGGCGGGGAAAAGCCCGGCGCGGCGGUGGGAGGCGCGGCCGCCGGCUGCCGGGCCGCCGCGCGGAAGCAGGCGGCGAGCAGGCUCCUGCCGUCCGCCCGCCUCGAGCGGACCUUCUCCGCGCGCCUCGCCACGGACGGCCUCGGGGAGAGGUACACCUCGCUGGCCGACGACGCCGCCGCGGCGGAGAAGAAGCGGGAGGCCGCCAUGCAGAAGGGGCAGCUGGCGGAGAAGGAGGACUGCGACGAGGCCCUGAAGGGCGCAGAGCAGGCCCUCGAGCUCUUCCAGGCCGCGGGGGACGCCGUCGGGGUCGCGGACAGCUGCCGCCUGAUGGUUCACGCGUACAAGGCGAGGGCGGACGCGAGCUUCUGGGGGGCGGACGUGGCCAAGGCGGAGGAGGACCUGCGUGCGGCCGAGGAGUUCUGCAGGGCGAGGCUCGCGGGCUUCGAGGAGGCGGGGGAGCGGGUGUGCGUCGGCGCGAUGCUCCUGUCGCUGUCCGAGGUGAUCUACCUGCUCCCGAAGGACUACCGGCGGCGGGAGGAGGCGGCGCAGGCCGCCACGCAGGCCCGCGAGAUCUUCCAGCAGGCCGCCGCGGCCAAGCUCGAGGGCUUCGCCAUCGUGGCGCUCUUCAGGAUCGCCGUGGACCGGCUGGAGAGCGGCAGGGCGCUCGCGCUGGCGGGCGAGGCGCUGCAGGCCUUCCGGGCGCUGGGGGAGCCCGGCCUGGAGGCGAGGGCCCACGGCCUCCUCGCGGAGGCGAGGCAGCUCUGCAGCUGCGCCCCCGAGGCGGUGCGGGAGGCCCAGGCCGCGGUCAGGAUGUUCAGGGAGGUGGGGCCGAAGAAGAUGGAGGCCGCCGCCCAGCUGCUGCUCGCAGAAAUCUGCCUGGUCAGCGAGAAGUUCAAGGAAGCGCUGCCGGCCGCCAAGGAGGCGCUGCAGCUCUUCGAGGAGCUCGGCUACGGCAGGGGCUUCCAGCAGGCGUCCUUGGCCAUGCUCGCGGACAUCUACACGCAGCUCGGGGAAUCCCUGAAGGCCGUGGAGGUGGCCAAGGAGGGCUUGGCGAGGUGCCAGAAGGCUGGGGACAAGCGCGGCCAGGUGCUGGUCGGCAACGGGCUGAUCCUAGCGUACGUCGGAAGCGACGUCUACGAGGAGGGCGACAUGGCGGCGGCCCUGAGCGUGGCUGAGUCGAGCCUGUCACUCGCGCGCGAGUUGGACGACAAGGCGUGGGAGUCGCAGGUGCUCCACACCAUCCUCCAGCUGCACGUGCGCGCGGAGGACACCAGCAGGGCGGCGGACGUCUUCGAGGAGGCCAAGGCCCUCCUGAAGGAUACCGGCGACGACAGCGAGCUGGUCACGGUGCUGGACACCCUGGCCGCCAUGCGGGAGCUGGCCGGGGAGCUGGAGGAGUCCGUCCGGCUGCGCGAGGAGCAGCGCGCGGUGUGCCAGGGCAUGGGCGACAGGGUGCGCGAGGGCAUCGCCUGCCUCAAGGUCUCCGAGACGUGGAGCAAGGCAGUGCCGCUCUCCGCGGAGAGCCUGGACAAGGCGCUCUCGGCCGCUCGGGAGGCGCAGGGACUCUUCCUGGAGGUUGGGGACGUGGCGGGCGAGGCCGCAGCGCUCGUGAUGAUCGCGGAGGUGUGCCUGGCGGGCGGCGAGGGCUCCAAGGAGAGGCAGCCCAGCGCGGCGCUCACCGCGGCGCUGCAGGCCCAGGAGCUCUUCCAGCAGCUGGGCGACAGGGCCUCUGAGGCGGGCGCCCUGCAGACCGUGGCGACGGCGCACCUGGAGAUGGAGAAGCCCGCGGAGGCCAUCGCGGCCGCCCAGGGCGCCGUGGAGCUGGCCAAGCGAGCCGAGGACCGGAGGGGGCAGGUGGUUGCCAACGUCUUCGCCGCGCAGAUGACGCUCGCGGCCGCAAGCCUGGAGGUGUUUGCGGGGCAGGACCAGGCCAGGACGCUGAGGCGGCACGCCACCAGGGCGGUGAAGUCGGCCAAGGAGGCCUUGUCUACGGCGAGGAAGGUGGAGGACAGGUUCUUGAUUGGGGUCGCGACCUACUGCGUCGGGCAGACGCAGGUGGCGCUGGGAGGUUUCGAGGACGCGCUGAAAGCGGCCGACCAGGCGGUGGACCUCUUCCGCGCCAUCCAGGCCACGCGGGCGGAGGCGGACGCGAUCGGCCUGGUGGCCGAGGUGCACCUGGCGUCGGGCAACAAGGCGAAGGCAGUGGACGUGGCGGAGAAGGCGCUGGCGCUGGCCCAGAGCAUCCAGGACACGAACAUUGAGGCACGCGCUCUCGAGAUCAUCCAAAGGGUCCAGGGCGUGCCGGGCGGGGCGGAGGCGCACCAGGCCGACCCCGGCGCCGAGGGGGCGGCGGACGCGCCCGCGCUGGAGGCGCCAAAGGAGGAGAAGAAGGGCAUGGACCCGGCCCACGUGCAGGAGGUCGUCCUGCGGGAGACGCUGGGGUCCCUGGCCAGCGACGAGGAGGUGUCGCUGGACGUCCCGCUCAUGGAGGCCGGCAUGGACAGCCUCUCCAGCGUGGCCUUCAGGAGUCCGCGGGAGGCAUCCUGUACAUGCACCCAGCACGGCUCCCGGCGAGGGCCGUCCUGGGCCCUGGGCCGGUGCCAGGGCGUGUGCACGGUGCCAGGGCCAGGGCGGCCAGGGCCACGGUCACGGUGACGUUUUGUGUAGCUGUGGAUGCCCUGAGAGAGCCCUCACCUCCGAGGUCCCGUUUUUUUCCAUGUGGGCCCCGCCCCCCCAGACGUCUGGACCACCUCCACAGGACCGUCCUUUUUCGUCCUGGGCUGUGUUUUGCUGGUCCUAGGGGCCCAGCGAGGGCGCCCAGACGCCGAGAACUCCAGCUAGGGGAGACCUCCGUCCUGACUUCUGUUCGACACCUCGGCGGUCUGGGGAAGGAACUCCUUGAACCAGCACCUGGGCAUGAACCUGCCGGCGUCCCUCAUGUUCGACUACCCCUCGCAGCGCUCCAUCAUCGAGCACAUCUGCGAGGUGACCGCGCAGUGAGCCUGGCCACCCGGGCUCUGGGAGCAGGGCCCCCGCAGAGGGCGGGCCCCCAGGUCCGCGCCCAGCGGAGGAGGCGGAGGAGGAGG